GGGUACCUGGCAUGGAAGCCGGAUUCUAGCCUGGAAAUUUCUAAAAACAGCGUGGGAUUUUGACGAAUUGCACUCGCGUAAGGUGAAGAUCACAUACUAACUAGGGGUGUAGAAUUGACGAUCUUUAUGCGGUACUUGCUAUAAAUUCAUCGUGAUUUACUCUCCUUACUGUACAUUACAUCCAUCCAUCCAUUCUUUCCUUAUUUCCUACACUCUUUCUAUUGCUUCACUCGCUUCACAAUGAGAAUCUCCAAGUCCCUCCUUUCAGCCACCACGGCACUCCUCGUCUCAACGGUCACUGCAACCUGCGACACGGCCGCCCUCAACACCACCACUGGGUUCUACCCCAUCACCGAAGAAGGCACAACCAUCUUCGACGUCGCCAAAGCCACCAAACGCGGCGUCUGCGACAUCGCCCGCAGCAACCUCAUGGCCGACGUCACCAUCCCCCCUUCCGUCGGCGAAUCAAUCUACAUCCCCGCCCAAGUCUGCACCCCAGACAACGACACCUGCAUUCUGAAACCGAACAACACCACACGCACCUGCAUCAAUGGCGGGCCUCGUCUCUACUACACCGUCACCGGGGACACCUACGAGCGCGUCGCUCUCCGACUCAACAUCACCACCGAGUCCGUCAUGAAGUACCAGCAUGGGAAUUACAACGCCACCGAUGUGCUAGAGACCGGCCAAUUCCUGAAGAUCCCGCAGUGCUCGCCCAGUCAGUGUAUCAUCCAGCCGUACUCGUUCAAGUAUGGUGUGUACAAGGAUUUGGCGGAGAAAUACGGUACCACGGUCGGCCAGAUUAUGAUGCUCAGCCCGACGUACAACUAUAGCAGUCUGGUGCAUACGUCUGGUGGAACUCCCCCGCCGAUUGAUUUGGCGAUUAACUGUACUGCGCUCUCGAAUAAUGUUACUAUUCUGGCUUAGUUGGCUGCAUAUUUGUUUUAUGGGAUGUGUAUAAGCUAUGGCCGAGUGGCAGUUCAUCUGCCUGUUCGUGUAUCCACCAACAUCGCAUAAAGCAUAUACUUGAUCAAUAUCUUCCCAGCAUUCCACUAAAAUACAACGAUGGCUACUGAAGCGUGACGUUUGCCAAGAUAACCUUAUCUUCUAAGCUCCUGUCUCCACUUCAGCCGCAUUUCGCUGUCAUUGGGACUUAAUCGGGCAAGUCGUUUCAUAGCAAAUGUAAUCUAU